AUGGACCGACAAGUGAUAGGUAGAGGACGUGGGAGACCAACUAGACAACAUCCCGAAGCGGGUAGCGAUAGGGGACCCGAGGUCAAUCAAGACCAAGGUCAAGAGGGCGUGGCCGAAGACCAAGUGGCCACCGCAAUUAAUCGAAUCACUGAUGUCUUAGAGCGCUUGACUGAACACCAAGCCUCUGGACAAGUGCAUCACCAAGGAAGCCCAACCGAUACUGAGGAUCGGGCACUAGAGAGAUUUCUGAAGUUUGGACCUCCCAAGUUUUAUGGAGGACCCGAACCGGAGAUAGCCGAAGGCUGGUGGGAGAGAAUCUCUGACAUUUUCGCAGCCUUAAACUAUGCGGAAGAGAGACAAGUGACUUUCGCCGCAUUCCAGUUUGAGGGAGCUGCUCGUUCCUGGUGGAACCUGGGGGCGACGAGUGUCGCCGAAUAUGAAGUCCAGUUUACAAAAUUGUCCCGUUUUGCUCCUGAAUUGAUAGCCACGGAGCAAAGGCGCGUAAGGAGAUUUGUACAGGGGCUAAACGUAGAAAUACAGGAAGGUUUAGCUGCCGUGAGGAUAGACACUUUUGCCGACGCUGUCGAGAGAGCCCAACGGGUUGAAGUAGCCAGAGCUCAAGUGAAAUCUUUUCAAGCUAAGAAACGAUUUGCCCCUAGUAGUAGUCGGGAACCGACUUAUGGAAAUGCUCUACCGGCCAAAAUAGGUCGAAGAACAAGCGGAGUGAAUAGUCCUGGAGCACCACGAGGCGCCCUAGCGAGAGGAACUGGGGCAAGAAGUGCAGGGGGGAGAGAUAAUGGAGCUAGAGGGGGACCAAAUGGAAGAGGUCAAUCUAGGAAUGCCUCACAAGGAGGUCGUGCGAUAACUCCACAGACAACUUGUGGGUAUUGCAAGAGACCUGGCCAUACUGUGGAUGGUUGCUGGAGGAAACAAGGAAAGUGCUUGAAGUGUGGGAGCAGUGAGCACCAAAUUUCUGGUUGCCCAAAAAUACAAGACGAUGGAACCCUGAAUGCUGGACCAGCCAACUCUGGAGGGAAUAGGCCGACAGUUCCUGCCAGGGUAUACACUAUAGAUGACCAACCUGUACCUGAUUCCUCGGAAGUCGUGGAAGGUACUCUUCCAAUUUUUCAACGAUUAGCUAGAGUGUUAAUUGAUCCUGGUGCAACUCAUUCAUUUGUGAAUCCAACAUUUAUGUCCGGAAUUGAUGUGAAACCUGUUAGAUUACCCUUUGAUCUUGAAGUUAGGACACCAAUGGGUAAUAAGAUUAUAAUCACUAGCUUAGCUUAUAAGAAUUGCAAAUUCUGGAUCGGAGAGCGUAAAAUGCUAGUGGAUUUGAUAAACCUGGAUAUAAAAGGUUAUGAUGUUAUUAUAGGAAUGGAUUUCCUAGCUCAUCAUCAUGCUAAGCUGGACUGUAGAGCAAAAGUGUUAGAACUUUGGAUUCCCGGGGAAGCAACCCUGAAAUUAGAUGUGAAAGGUAGGUUAGCAUCGUCUGCUAUGAUCUCGGGAAUACGGGCGAGGAAAAUGUUACAUAAAGGAGCGCAAGGUUUCCUAGCCUUCCUGAUUAACGCUCCUAGUGACCAAGUGAAGUUAGAAGAUGUACCAGUGGUACGGGAAUUUCCGGACGUUUUCCCUGAAGAAUUAAAGACAUUACCGCCGGAGAGAGAAGUGGAGUUCAAGAUUGACUUGGUGCCGGGAACGGCCCCGAUUUCUAAGACUCCGUACCGAAUGGCUCCUGUAGAGUUAAAAGAAUUGAAAAUUCAACUGCAGGACCUAUUGGAGAAAGGUUUCGUUAGGGAGAGUGAUUCACCAUGGGGAGCACCCCUGCAAGGAUCCGUAGUUUUCUCAAAGCUGGAUUUGAGGCAAGGGUAUUACCAGUUGAAAAUUAAGAAGGAAGAUAUACCCAAGACUGAUUUUAAUACACGAUAUGGACAUUUUGAAUUUGCAGUCAUGCCUUUUGGACUAACAAACGCACCAGCUGCCUUCAUGGACCUAAUGCAGAGAGUCUUUAAGAAGUAUCUGGAUCAGUUCGUAGUGGUUUUUAUCGAUGAUAUUUUGAUUUACUCCAAGACUCGAGAGGAACAUGUUAAGCACUUGGAGAUAGUUUUGCAGGUAUUAAGAGAGCAUAAGUUGUAUGCCAAAUUCAGUUAUACCUUGUAUUCUGAUGCAUCUAGAGAAGGUCUAGGAUGUGUUUUGAUGCAAAUGGGUAAGGUAGUUGCCUAUGCUUCUAGGAGAUUGAAGCCUCACGAACAAAAUUACCCAAUGCAUGACCUAGAAUUGGCUGCAGUGAUUUUUGCCUUAAACAAAUCGAGACAUUACUUGUACGGCGUGACUUUUGAAGUUUUUACGGACCACAAGAGCCUCAAGUACUUGUUCUCCCAAAAGGAGCUAAAUUUGAGACAGAGGCGAUGGGUAGAAUUUUUGAAAGAUUACGAUUCUUCGAUUAACUACCACCCAGGAAAAGCCAAUGUGGUAGCAGACCCCUAA